GUUCUUUUCUUCAAUGCUCUACGCAGUGAUCUCCCUUACCAUUGGUAGCGAUUUCUGAAGUUGAAGGGAAGCAACUCCUGCGUGCAGUUUGACGUUUCUUAAAAGGACUGCCCCAGUCAAAAUAAGAAAAGUCGUAUUUGGAAAGUUAUUAUUUCGUACUGGUAACAGGAAGAGUUUGGUAUAUUGGGUUAAAAGGUAUAAUUUCCUCUGCCCUUCUUACACACAAACACAUCUAUUACAGCUGGAUUUUUACUUUAAGCGCGGUAUCUUCUAUUUGCCUUAGCUAAACCUUGUUAGUAAAAACAUAUUCUAAAAUGAAAUUUAUGGUUGUGAAAAAAAUACGGUAAGAACGUAACAACAUCUUGGUCAAUAUCUAAAAGAAAUUAAGGCAGUAACGUAUACCUGAAGAAAAAUUCCGAUAAUCUGGCAGAUCCAAAUUAAUAAUCAUUGUGGCUCCUUUAUUAUUAAUGCAUUCUGCAGCCAGAAUCCAAAAAUCAACGAUAAUCAAUAAAACACUGUAUCUCUGCAAAGUACUAACAGUAUAAUUAGAAACAAGCGCUGCUGUUUAUAUACAAUGAUUUCUGAAAAUGUUAGUACAUUCUGUGCAAUGACAGAAUAAUAGCAUAUAAAAAAAUCUUUUUUACUGUUUUUAAGCUACGACAAUAUAUUAUAGUAUACAGCGAGAAUAUCAUACUGAGUGCUAAUUUUAGGUGAGGAAAAUGUUCUCAGUAGGAUGCUAAAUCGUGCCAACUUAAUUGAAGAUGAAGGGAAUGUCUGUGUUUGAAAAUGAAAAUAUUUCAACAGAAAUGGUCAGGAAAAUUUGUGAGGAUCUACAAAAAGAAAGGCUAGAGAUGCUUUCGUUCAGGAACUGCAGUUUUACCGAUAAGGACUUUAAGAAGGUAACAAAGGCGGUAGGGGCGUGUACAAGUCUCACGUUGCGACACUUUGCACUAAAUAUCGGCAUAAUACGUGACAGUUUUAGAGUCCAAAGUCUCGCACAGACUAUUGAAAGGAAUGCAUCUCUUGUUGGCUUGCAUUUACAUGGCAAUAAUAUACCCGAUGCCGACUUCAAAACGUUGUAUCAUCAUCUUAAAAGGCACCCGCGAAUCAUGACACUUGACCUUGGAGACUGUAACCUUGGUGACGAAGGAAUAGAAUUGAUUUGCAGUCUCAUUAAAGAAAGCAAAGACAUUCACGGUCUGCAUCAUCUUGUCCUUAGUCAUAAUCCAGGGAUAUCAUCGGACGGAUGGACAAAGUUGGGCAUGGCUCUUGCCUCCGGUUCAUGUCUAAGAUCUCUGGAAAUUGACUACAACGAUAUAGGUGAUUCGGUAGCGACUUGCAUCGCAAUAGCGCUGCCAGGAGCAACGCACCUGGAAAUGCUUGAUUUGGAAUGCACUGGUAUCACCGAUAAAACUGGUCAAGUUUUCCUUCACUUGAUGAAGUCUUACAAUUUGAAACUGAGAGAUAUUAACCUUGAGAGGACACAAGUACUCGAAUCAACGAAAGAAGCCAUAAAGUCACACAUUUUAUAUACGGACAAGAAAACUAAGCACACAUCUGACGAUGAAUGCUCCCUAACGAUGUCUGAACCUCCACUAAGUGACGCAAGGGACCCUGGCCUUUGUUUAGAAGAUUUUGGUCACCAUUCUAAGAGUUUUAUUGACCCAUCAGGUAAUAUAACUCGCACAGAAAGUUUUGACACCGGAGGUCUUCCUAUUGUCGAAGUGAGUCCAGUCAAUCAACAGGACACAUACAAGACAAACGAAAAGGAAAUAGAAGAAAUUACCGCUAAUGGAGGAACGCAAAGUAUGACUAACUUCGAAAAUGAUAAAAAUACCAUCAAUGCGGCGGGAUUUGAAAUUAAAAAAGCAUUCUCUAUGAACGACUUAACAUAUUUCAAUAGCGAUCGUCAAACUAAAGGUGAAGGUGAAGAAAACAAAAUGAACGAUUUUGAAGAAUAUGAAGCGUAUAUUCCGGAAAGAGAAAGUUUUAAACACAAAGACAGUGCAUCAACACUGGUCGAGAGUAUUGAACAAAUAGAUGAUAUCGAAAAUGAUGUCGACCUACAGUCAGACAGCACAUACUCUGUUAAAGGUUUUCAAGAAACGGACGAUACAUCAAAAUCUGGCAAUCCUUCGCACUUGUUCUACUCCCGUCCAAUGUCUGCACCUAUGUCAGGGAACGACAGACCAGAUGUUGAAAGCGGAUUGCUACAGGCAAAGUUAAAUGACACAGCCCUGAACGCAGCGCCAAAGGAUUUAGCCUCUAUUAUACGAGAGAAAAAGGUAAAAUCCAACAGCAGCGAGGAAAUUACAAGCAGAUCACGCACAAACGAUCUCGAAAUUCAGGAACUUAAUUAACAUAAGCGGUGAAAAUUCAUUAAAACAAGCUUUAUUCACUUCAAAAUUGUUACAUUAGCCCAAUUUCACUCCUAUUGAAUGGCAGAAAUCUAAAACUUAAAACACGAAGACUAAAUGAGAUAGUUCUAUUUUUUGGCUAAUUGGUUGUUUUAAAUACCAAACAUCAAUACUUAGUUGUAAGAUUUACGCGUUGGGAGUAGUUCGUAAAAGUUCACAGUUCCUUCGAAAGGGACAAUUGAUAGAUGGUUAUAUUGUUGUACUGUGUUUGUAAGUCUUCAAGUUGAUGUUUGACAUGUAAUGAUAAAUCUGGUAGUGUUUUGUUUUUCUCACUACCUAAAAGAGAACCCUAAUCGUUGAGGUUCCUUAUUAAUUAGUGAUUCAUGGUUGCUCGAUGUCUUUUACAAAUACCAGUGUUGCAACUUAUAAAAUAUGAAAGUCCUUGUGUGUCAUAUCUUUUAUGGUAUCAUAUUGAUAUACUGAUAUUAUUAAUACUUGUAAUUAUAAGUCAUACAGAUUGUAGACGGGACAUACCCUAGGAAAUAGCAAACGGCCUACAAC